UUCACUUCCAACUAAAAACACCGGGAGACCGAGGCACUAUCUUAAUAGAUCCCCCCAUAGAUUACUAUACAUAAAACUAAAAUCAACUAAAAUGGCCAGCCCCGUGGAACUGCUCAGCCUCACAAAUCCCGUCUUCAAAAGCUUCGUUUUCUGGGUCGGAGUGUUGGUGAUCAAAAUGCUGUCCAUGAGCCUGCUCACCGCUAUCCAGCGCUUCAAGACUAAGACCUUUGCCAAUCCUGAGGACCUUAUGUCCCCCAAGCUGAAGGUCAAGUUCGAUGAUCCUAAUGUUGAACGUGUGCGUCGCGCUCACCGCAACGAUCUGGAGAACAUUCUGCCCUUCUUUGCCAUUGGUCUUCUGUAUGUGCUGACAAAUCCCUCCGCCUGGCUGGCCAUCAAUCUCUUCCGCGCCGUGGGUAUCGCCCGCAUUGUCCACACUCUGGUGUACGCCGUGGUUGUUGUUCCCCAGCCAUCCCGUGCGCUCGCCUUCUUCGUGGCCCUGGGUGCCACCGUCUACAUGGCUCUCCAGGUUAUCCUUGCGGCUGCUUUCUAAAUAAAUAAUAGUUUACGAUUUCA